CUGUAGGAUCAAGAUGGCGACUGGUGGUAUCACAGCAGAGUCAAUUUUGGGUUCGAUCAUCCAGGGUCAUCUGGAAUGCUCCAUCUGCCACACCCGUUACCAAGAACCCAAGAUGCUGGACUGCUCACACAGUUUCUGUCUGAGAUGCCUCCAAGAACUCAAAAAAAGCCAAAAACCAAAAGAUGACAAGAUAAGAUGUCCACUGUGUCAGAGGGAAACCAUCUUACCUGAAGGUGGAGUGGCAAAGUUGACCACCAACUACGGUCUCAUUUCCUUGGUGGAGGAAGUCACCAAACAGGAACAGCUCUUGAAAGGUGAAGUGUCAAAGGUCAUAUGUCAAGCAUGUGAUGAAGAAAAUGAAGCAAUUUCUCACUGUGCAGACUGUGAGCUGCUUCUCUGUCAGGAUUGUCAGAAAGCUCAUCAACGUUUCAACGCAAUGAAAAGUCACAAAAUAACACCUCUUUCAGAAGCAAAACACCCCAAAGCCUCAAAGAAAUCAGACUGUGAAAUUCAUACAAAUCGUGAACUGUCCCUCUACUGCAAUACUUGUGAGAAACUCAUCUGCAAACAAUGUGUGGCUACAAACCACAAUGAAAACACACAUUGCUUUUUUGAUUUAGACACAGCUUUUGACAUGUGCAUGGAAGAUGCUCAUAAAGGGAAUUUGAAUUACAAGACAAAGACAUCUGUCAAAAUUGCCAGAAGCUGCCAAACUGUGCGCCAGAAACUGACAGCCAAGUUAGCUGAGACAAACAGUCAGAUAUCAAAAAUUGUGCAGGAGAAACUUGGACAAAUCAGACGCGAAGAAAAGCAAUUGAGGAUAAAUGCUUUGGCAACGUACAGAAGAAAAGACAAGAGACUGGCAGAAAUGGAGUUUGCAGAGCAGGCAAAGAAAAUGGUUGGCAGUGAGACGACAAAGGCAAAUAAACUUGAACUUUUGAAACUUAGACAAGACCUCUUGCAUGACUACAGAGACGUAGUUGAGGAGCAAAGUGAAGAUGUAACUCAUGACAUCUCAUUCCUCAGCUUGAAGGAGAAUCGUGAAUCCGUUAGUCUUGGGAAACUGUUGACAGAAGAGAAAUGGGCAUUGGCGACCGAAAUAUCACAAGUCACCGGGAACUUCAUUGCAGCCUUCUCCACAGGUGAUAUGGUGGUAGCAGACAACAACUCAAGGUCAAUAACUAAACUCAGUCCAAAUGGUGAAGUCUUAUAUGUCCUAAGUAGAAACACUGUAGAAGACUUUGUUGCUAUGGCAGUAAAUAAAGAUGACCAUCUUAUUCUACUAACACAACAUGCAGUUGAGUUUUUCAGCAAAGACUUUCAGCUCUUACACCAAUUCAAAACACAAUAUUACCAUGCCUUUCCAACAGGUCUUGCGGUAGAUGACGACAACCUGAUAGCACUGGCUUAUAAAACCGGACAAGAAUGUGUAAAAUUAUUCAGGCCUUCAGAUGGAUACUAUAUCAAUUCACUUGAAGCUCCAAAGAUAGACAAGCAUUUCACCAUCAGCAACAAGCAGUUCACCUACACCAACAGGGAGAAAAAUCUCUUAGCAAGUGUUGAUUUUCAGGGAAACAAGAGAUUCGUAGUUGAACUUAAAGAAAACUUUACACCCCGUGGGGUGUGUUGUGACAAAGUUGGUGAUAUUUAUAUUUUAAUGGUUCACGAACUGGCACAAAGUUGUCCAGAAAUCCACAAAUACAACAUGAAGGGCAAUUUCAUCAAAUCAUUCAGCAUCACAUGGGAUUCUGGACCUUGUGACAUCACUUAUACUCCAGACAAUAAGUUAGCAGUGAUUUGUACAGAGUGUGUACUGAUAUAUCAAAGAGUGUAA